GCAGAGAGACAGAGAGAGUGAGAGUCAUACUGGGAGGAAUUCUCUGGAUAGACGGUGAUGCACAGAGAGGCAGACGGUGUUUGUUGGGUUUUUAGAGGUCUUUGUGGAAAUGGGGACCCACAUAGGCCUGGUGAACUCUAGAGAUGCUUGGUCCUCAGUAGAUGCAGAAAAAUGAGCACAGAAUAGAAAGUUUAUAAGAUCAGAUGAGUGAUUUCAGCUGUUCUUCAGCCAGUAUUUAUAUCUACUUUGACUUUUAAAAUGCCUAGAUGGAACGAUAACCUCAGAUUAUGUGUUCUGUCGUGUAUUUACCAAAGCAUUUAGUGGAUAAUACUUUCACAACACUCCAACACGGGAAAGCAAACCUCCAUUGAGCCAAUGAAAAUAGACUGUACGGAAGUGAAUUAAGUCUUCAGGAGAGUCUGCUACAGCCCCCAUGGCGGUGAAUCCUCUGGAAGGUCUCAUGUCGGUUGCAGCGAACCACCAGAUGGUCUCCAGCUCUGCAGCUGAGCCACAAAGGCAGCAGCCCUGUGGAGCCAGCAGCCUAGCAUCCGUGCACGGACUAAGGCAGAGCAGACGCAGCAGCCGGGAGCCCAGGAAGUGGGUGCAGUCUGUGUGUGGGUCUAGGUUAAACUCUGGUUCUGGUUGUGAGUCUAUGGUCCAGACCAGGACACUGAGGGGUCAACACUCUCCAGAAAAUGCAGCGCGAGAGAGAAGCCGCGUUCGCAACCUAAGACAGGCCUUCCACAGCCUGCAGGCGGCUCUGCCCUCAGUCCCACCUGACACCAAGCUGUCCAAGCUGGAUGUUCUGGUUCUGGCUACUAACUACAUAGCUUACCUAACAGAGACCCUAGACCAGGGAGGGACACCGGCUGAGCACACCCUGCCUUCCAGGCCGGGUGGAUACCUGCAUCCUGUUAAAAAGUGGCCCAUGCGUUCCCUGCUCUACUGUGGCAGCAUGGCAGAGCUGGUAUCAGGAGUCCCAGCCAAUCAGAUGCCUCUACCUGGAUGGGACGGGACACACCCACUAACCCCCACCUCAGAAGCAGACAAAGAGUGUUAGCAGAGCAUUGAACAUGACUUUCCCCUGCUUCUUAUCUCCAAUGUUAACCAGCCAUGUAGCUACUAUUGGCAGCAAUGGAAGAAGAUAUAUCUGGAGACAGUGAUCAGUGACAAGAAGAAGAUACUUUACUUCUACAUUUACUGCAAAGUAUAUGUUUGGUUACACAGCUCUCCUCCCAAGUUACAUCCAAAAGUAAAAGGAAAACAAACAUUAUAAUAUUUUUAAAAGAAAUAAAAAAUAAAAUGGACAGGGCUUUAAUCAAUAUGCAGCUACAAUAACAGUGGCCAUUUUUAUCCCUGGCUGUUAGGAAAGACUACUUUUUAUUUUUUAUUAUUUCAUUCAAAAACUGGUCACUUAUCCUGAUUAAACAGAAAACAGCUUCUUUGUUUCCUAUUAAUAGUUUGUUGUGUAUCUGAAAAAGCCUGGAAGAGUUGUUUUUUCCACCAGAGAACACACACACACACACACACACACACACACACACACACACACACACACACAGAUAUAUAUAUAUAUAUAUAUAUAGAGAGAGCGAGAGAGAGCGAGAGAGAGAGAGAGAGAGAGCGAAAGAGAGGUUAAUAGGUCAACAGCUCAGAUGUUUAGAUUCACUAUGGUCUAAAAGAUUCCAUCAGUAUCUGAGCUUCAGACAGGAAUGGAUUUUAAAGAGGAUCUAAUAACUAAGAACAGCACAAAUCACUUGAUGGAGGAACAGCGUGUGGCUUAUUUACUUGAUAUAAAGGUUGUACAGUGUUUCAUUGUGUGUGUGUGUGUGUGUGUGUGUGUGUGUGUGUGUGUGUGUGUGUGUGUGUGUGUGUGUGUGUGUGUGUGGGAGUGAUGGACACACAGAUGUGUGGUGAGGGAGGGAUUGUUGUGGGAACACAGCUGCUGUCUGAUCACUUCGUAUCUCUGUUGUAAUGAUCACUUAGUUCUCAUUACAAC